UGAUCCAAUAGGGGUAAGUUAUCUAAGCUAUCCAGUUGCAGAAAACUAAAUCUGUAUGGUCGCAUAGAAUCGCAUCCCAGACCUCAUCCAGUCGAAUCCUUCAACGAAGCAAAGCGCUUCACUUGCUUCACAGAUAAUAGAUCUCGCACUUCUUUAAUAAUUUGGAGAGAGAUAUAGAGAAGAAAAAAUGAUGAUGAUUGAUACAGCCACUGCCGUUCGAUUUCCCGCCGGCGCAAAUUUUUGCUCCUCCACUGCCAUAUCUCAUUAUCGCCAUACGUGGAACUUGGAGGAAGUUAACGCCCUCCACAUCAGUUCUCGCCCGCUUAUUCGUUCUGGCAGCUUCACCGUACCUUGGAGUAAGUCUCGGAGAUUAAAUGGUGGUGCUUUUUUAAGGAGCAGUCUUUUAAAGAAUAGGAUUCGAGCAUCUUCAGAGCAUUUAGGCUCGGCCUCGGGUCCUUCAAAGCCGAAGGACGGCAGACAGCGAUACCAUCCCUUUGAGGAGAUUGCAGAGUCAGCUUCAGAAAAUAAUGGAGAUGCAAUGCUCACACCUCAAGAGACUGCUAGGACCAUUGUUGAGGUCAACAGCAAAGCAAUUCUAAUGCUGACUGGUUUGAUCAAUGGUGAUAUUCAUGAGAAUAUUGUUUGGCCAGACUUGCCUUAUGUUACUGAUGAACAAGGAAACAUAUACUUUCAAGUGAAGAAUGAUGAAGACAUUUUGCAAACCCUUACUUCAGAAAAUAAUUUUGUGCAAACCAUUAUAGGCUUUGAUGCCAUGGAAAUGAUCAGUGAGAUGGAGUUAGUAGGUUCAUCAGAAAUUGAUUUUGGAAUUGAGGAAAUUGAAGAAGAGGAUGGUGAUGUUGAAGAUGAUGAGGAUGAAGAUGAGGAUGAUGGAGAUGAAGAUUAUGAUGGGGACCUGGUAGCUGUUAUUGAAGAUGAAGAUGAGGAAGAUGAUUCUGAUGAGGCACUUGGUGACUGGGCAAAAUUGGAGACUAUGCGUUCUUCUCAUCCAAUGUAUUUUGCAAAAAAGAUUGCACAGGUUGCACUAGAUGAUCCUAUAGAUUGGAUGGAGCAGCCUCCAGCUGGUUUAGCUAUCCAGGGCCUCAUAAGACCUGCCUUCAUUGAAGAACACCCUGACAUCCAGAGGCAUAUGUCUGGCAACCAGUCACGUCAUGCUGACAUAAAUGAGGUUGGGAAAAAUUUAGAUGACAGGCCAGAUCUUGGUGGGAUCAAUGGUCACAAACAUGAACCAGGAUCAUCUGAAGAUAAUUCGAACUGGGCAGAGGAAUCGGAGAAGGAUCAUAUCCCAAGGAAUGGGACUUCAUUUUACAAGAUGGAGAUGAUUAAAAUUCAAUUAAUUUCAGCUCAUGGACAUCAUACCGUGGUUGAAGUGGAAGACUUUAGAGAGGCUCAACCUGAUGCUAUUGCACAUUCAGCAGGCAAAAUUUUAUCUCGUCUGAAGGCUGGCGGGGAAAAAAUCUCACAGGCCUUGAAAUCUCUGUGUUGGAAAUGCAAGGGUAUUCAAGUGGAGGAGGCAGCGCUUAUUGGUGUAGAUUCCCUUGGUUUUGAUUUGAGGGUUUGCUCUGGAACACAAAUUCAAACGUUGCGGUUUGCAUUUAAUUCACGGGCGACUUCAGAAUAUAGUGCUGAGCGACAACUUAAUGAUUUACUAUUCCCGAGGAUUUCCCACAGGGUGCCCAAAAAGAAACAGACCCAUCGAAAAGAACUUUAAUAUUGUCAAAUACCAUAGUCCAGUUUAAAUUCUGGAUGGAUAUCUAGGCCAUGAACUGAACGGCAAGCGUCAAAGAAUCCGUUGCAGCUUGUCAUCUCAUGUAUUUGUUCGAUGCCAGUAAUGAUUAUUGAAAUUCAUUCUUCA